AUGGUGGGAGGUGGGAAUAGAAGGGAUGAGGGGUCAUUUACCGUGAGCAAUACUAAUGUCUUUGCAGCCCUGGAUAGUCUGAGGAGGAAGAAGAAGUCUGACAAGGAAAAGGGCUCGUCUAAGGGUGGCAAGGGCACGUCAAAAGAGUCGACGGGACCCAGGUCUGAGAAGCAGGUUUUCUGGGCCCCGGCGCCUUUGACGUCAAAGUCUUGGGCGGAUGUCGGCGAUGAGGAUGAAGAUGAUUACUAUGCGACAACUGCACCUCCGCAGGUCAUAUGGGGUGCUUCUGGUUCGAAUAAAGCUGAGGGGACUCGCGAACACGAUCCUGUGGAGGAAACUGAAAGUGAAGACGAUCUUCUUGAUGAAGGGGAUGAAGAUGUGGAAGAGGAGCACGACGCCGAGCCCGAGGCUGAAGAACAACCUCAGCCGGUGUUGAAAAAGUCUGUUGAAGCUUUUCCAGCACCUAAAGAGACCGAGAGGCAGCUGUCCAAGAAGGAGAGGAAAAAAAAGGAACUUGCCGAGCUAGAGGCUAUCCUAGCUGAUUUUGGAGUUAACCCGAAAGAGAAAGUUGGGGAUGAGAGAUCUGAUGUCACUAAAGACAAGAAAGAGGAACAAGCAAAUGGAGAAACCGGCAAGGCCAAUGACAAUAACACCCUCGGGGAAUCGAAAACCACCAAGAAAAAGAAGAAGAAGAAGGACAAGUCAUCCAAAGAGACAAAGGAGCCUCAAGACCAGCCCAAUACCUCGGACGAGACCCCUGGAACUGAAAAUGCUGACGAGGAUUCAUCUGCCACUGAUGUCAAAGAGAAGCUCAAGAAAAUGGCAUCCGUGAAGAAGAAGAAGAAAUCCAGUAAAGAAAUGGAUGCUGCCGCUAGAGCCGCCGCCAUUGAGGCUGCUGCCAGGAGUGCCAGGCUGGCAGCCGUCAAAAAGAAAGAGAAGAAUCACUACAACCAGCAGCCAAGGUAA